AGCACAUCAAACCCGCAGCACGGUGUUUAGAACACUUUAUUUGCAUAUGAUUAUCGUAAAAAUGUUUCGAGAAUAAAGGGUUGCACUUGCUGCUGGAGCGAUGAAUUUCUUGCCGAUUUACACAUUGUCUUGUCCCGAUAGUUGUACUUACUCUACGUGGUAUUUUGAUUUAUUAAUGUGAACAGGUUAUGUGUUGCGCUUGCGACGAAGUUUCAGUUUGGUAGGUAUCGAUUUAUCAUCCCGUAUGGAUAAUUCGCACUUCCCUGCAGAUCUGUAACCAACGCCUCUAUAACAAACUCCCUGUAAGAAGAAUCGGAGGAGGAAUCUUGCUUAUUCCUCGUCCCAGCUCCUAGGAAACUGCUUCACACGUCAACAUAAAACUUUCAAGCAUAAAACUACGGAUCGCAACGAACAGUACAACUACAAGUACAUCAUCGCAGCACGACGACGAAGUAGUCCACGACGUCGCGAGAACAACAACAACAACCUUCAAUCAUGCUCAGUUCCGCGUCGAAUUUCAAACGCCACCCUCGCGUCGUCACGGCCGCCCUCGCGGUUGUGGCAGACGUCGUGAGUUUUCAACAACAUGUGCUGCAGUCCUCGGCCGUCGCUUUGUCCUCCUCGUCCUCCUCGACACUCGUAAGGAUCAAGACGAGCAUGAGCAGCAGAAAAGGUGUAGUACCUGCGGCUGGUCCCAGCAUCCGUGGAAGUAGAAGGACAACAAGAAAAACUCCGCCUUCGCUGCUGCAAAGGUAUUUUUACGCGAAGAUGAGGCAUCAUUCCUCGUCGUUGUUGCCCAGGACGAGUCGGGGACCCCACGAUUUCUAUGAGAAGAUGACUUCUACACCCGGCCAGUUUUUGUCCGUGAAGGAGAAGAACUACAGCAAGGGUCAGAAGAUGACUUCUACCACUUUGCUGUCGACGAGCGACUCAUUUCCGGGUACGAAGGCGAGCGACGAGAGCACGAAAGAAGUCCAAUAUGCCGUGGCUUCGAGCGGUAAGUUUUCUCGGUGUACAACUCUUCAAUGGGAUGACCCGUCUGCUGUGCCCGCAUGCGCAGAGGAGGCGAGGGAUGACUUCAAGAUACUACUGGCUGAACAAGCGGGGUUCGGGAUUGUUGACAUACAGGGGAUGGUCGACAAGAUUGCGACGCUUGUGGAUGCCCGGAUUGUUCAAUGUUCGUACACUUGCAACCAUUCUGCUACAUUCGGCAACGGAGGAGCCAAUUCGGAAAGACAGGAUGAAAUCAACGCGUACGUCCUAGCGGUGAACGACGUCGCUCUGCUCCUGGACGAGGCUAAACAGGCUUUGACUCCGGUUGCCGCACCUCCCCCAGCGACGCUGGCCUUGUUUUAUCCCAAGGAAAAGAAGUUCCCCACGUCCACCCAGGGUUUACUUACAAAGGUCAUGCAACGAUCAAAAUCGUCGUGUACUUGCAAGUGCAACCUGGAGGCACUGCUGCAUUCCAUUGGUUCAACGCGAAAACUGUAGGCCCUCGUAGCAGCGAGACGAGGGACAACUCUGUUUUGCUUGUGCGGGGUUUCGCUUCUUAUAUUUUUCUGUCGCGUAUGCAAAUUUUCAUUUUUAACUGCGUACAACUAUUAGUAUUACUGUUACUGUAACAGGAAAGCCAAGUAGAAACAUUUUGAUCUUGCGACUUCCCGAUAAAUUAGGGUGGCUAUCGCUAUUUCAGAAAAAUAGUCUUAGCAAUUCCAUCGGUCGUGGCUGAAGAUUUUACUUUUAGUCACUGUCGCUUUGUAAAGUAAAGUCGGAGACGAGGGGAACGAAGUCACUCAGAUUCAAUCGAUGCAAAUAUAUGCAUGUGAAAAGCCUAAAUCGGAUUUGAUCGACAAUGGUUUUACACUUGUGCUAGCUCCUCUGGGUGGGCUACUUUUAUUGUUCUUUUCGAUAGCGCUGCGGAGCUGACAGCGAAGGAGCUGUUCGGAAUGAAAGACGAAGACGAAGAUACCCUGACAACCAAAGUGACCAAUGCCUUGACCGCCAUUGUGGGCCAAAAGUACACUGCUGAUGAAGUUGAAAUCACCGCGGACAUCGUUGCUGCUGUCGACACGAAUGCCAUCGUUGCUGCAGUGAUGGCUGAUGAUGCAGAUGAAGCCAGCAUUCAAAAGGCGAUCACGGACGCCGUCACGAAGGCCAUUGACGAUGCUGCCGGUGCUGGUUCCACUUUCCAAAAGACCGCGUCCGAUGAGAGCACCAAGACGGUCCAAGAUGCCAUUGACAAUCUCGCCACCGACGCUAAUACUUCUAACGCCAUCGCGGAGGCAAUCAAGUCGGCUCUGACCACCGCGGGCGUCGAAGCUGACGCGGUGACCGCCGCGGACGCGGAGAUCCAAAAUCUGGCCGCUCUUGUUGCUGAUAGCAACACCAAGGGCGACGACUACGCGAAGGCGGUCGACGCCUUGGCGCUGCUUGUGGACGAGGCGAAAAAAGCGGCGGCGGAUGCUAUCCUCAGUAAAAGCGUUCAUUCCAGCACCCCAUGAUACAAUAUUGAUUUGUCAUGCGAAUGACCACGACCUGCAUGUUGAUGUUCGGAUGUGGUGCAUGUAGAAGAUGUCUCUACUCAUCCUGCGCAGUCCACCCAGGACCAGGAGGGUACUUAAGAGGGGCAACACGAAUCUAUAUCUGUGGUGCGGCUUUUGAUAUAGCCGACCACGACCACUCCCUCUCCUGCGUUGUCGAAAUGUGAAGAUGUCAUGCGGAGAUCUUCACAAAGCUUCUGGAUUUGUCUAGCAGAUUCCCCAUCUUGUUAGCUCUGGUGGGGUGCGGACGUUUUUACACAGGAUAGUGGCGACCACGGACGCCCCGGUAAACGACACCGACGUUAACGCCACUAUGCAUUGCAAAUAUUUCUUGUCCUGGGUCUGAAACUGAAUUAUUAGCAUGAAUGCAAAUGUUCGGUCUGCAGGUUGCGCUUUAUUCGCAUCACCGUUCCAGAGGGCCGCUCCUCGGAAUGCGGGUUGUUCUAGCAUCACAAAUUCUAUUGUUCAGAAGGUCUUUCCUCUUUGAUCUUGAUGCCUAGCUGUAUCCUGCAUGAGCAAAAAUGUUGCCUCCUCGGGUGACGAAGAGUGGGCGCUUGUUUUGCUGUGUGUACGACAAAAAUGUUGUACAGGUUUAUUCUACUAUGACGUGGUCCACCACGACCACGACCAGACGUAGCAUCACAAAGAACUUGCUAAAGUCUCUCAGAUGAGGACCCAGACACCUAUUUGCAGUGGAUAAUCACCACCACAGCUGCACCAGCGGCCGAUGCUCCUUCCUGCUAA